AUGUUGCACGCUGAAGCUCCCCACAAGAGAAUUCAGCAUAUCACUACAACACCACAUACAAAUUUAAGUAAGACGAUUAAUUCAUUUAUUGGAGUACAAAAAAAUAUAGGAGAUAAUGAAUUACCACCAAUAAAUUUUUUAACUACAAAACCUAUUAGGAAACACAAUGAAUAUUUCAGAUUUAAAUUUGCAAAAGGAAUUACCACAUCAUGUUUACUUAGUGAUGAAGAGUAUUAUUCUAAGAAUAAAAGUAAGAAUACUAAUAUUACAGAAACAAAAAUCGAAAAGAGUAAUGAAUCUAUUGAAGAUAAUGGAGUAGAUACAAAAAAUGAAAACCCUAAAGUAGAAAGAAGUUAUUCAGAAGGAGUAGUUGAUAGUGAUGAAGAAUUACCUGUUGUUAUUAAAAAACCAAAAUUAAGAAUUCAACCAACAGAUAAAACUAAGUUUUGUAAACAUUCAUUAAAAAUUAUUCCUAAAGUUAUGAUUGAUCCUAAUAUAAUUAAAAGAAAAGAAAUGAUUAGAACAUUAAAACAAAUUCAACUUCAGUCUAUUCGUUGUCAAUAUUCAACUCGUACUGAAUCACAAAGAUUUAAACAAUUAGUAAAAGAAGUAACAGACUAUUGUAAUAUUAAUCAUUUCUUUACUUGUGAACAUAAAGAAACUGAAUUAAAAGUAUCUUCAUUUGGAUUUUCACAAAAAAAGUUUAUUGUUGUUUUUAAAAGUGAAGCAGAAAAUUAUUCAAAUUGGGGAUUUCCUAAACCACUCUUUCUUGAUGGAACAGAAGUUUGUGAUACUCAACUUCUUGAACAUAUGAAAAAACAACCAACUGUUGAAACUAUUAUGAAUGAACUUUUCAGAAUUGCUUGUUCUAUCAUUUCUGAAUGUGUAUGUAUGUAA